UGAGGCGGGUUCCUUAUUUGGCAGCGCGCGAGGGCGGCCAAGGAGCGGCGUUUCCAGGAACGAUCAGUUAGUCAGCUCGCGGCUGGUGUCCGCCGCAACUCGGACUGUCGGCCUCAGUUCCUCAGGAAGGAGCUAAGUCAACAAACGUCCGGAUAACGAGAAGAAUUGGCGACGAGGAGGACAAUAAAGGGGGUGGGAUCGGGGACGAAGCCGAAGGCACCGGUUCGCCCGCGGAAUAUUCCAGAUUAAAUUUCUUCGCUUUCCCUGGGGCUGCGGCCCGGGAUGCGGGCGCCGACGAUGCUCCUGCUCGGAGUCGGGCUGCUGCUGACCUGGGCGUCGAGUUUGCGCGGGCAGUUGGGAAAUCCUUUGAAUAAAUACAUUAGACAUUAUGAAGGUCUAUCGUAUGACACAGAUGUAUUGCAUCAGAAACAUCAACGUGCCAAGCGGUCGAUAUUGCAUGAUGACCAAUUUGUUCAUUUGGAUUUCCAUGCACAUGGCAGGCAGUUCAACCUGAGAAUGAAACGAGACACCUCUAUAUUCACAGAUGAUUUUAAAGUAGAAGUAUCAGGUGAAGAGCUGAAUUAUGAUGCCUCUCAUAUUUACACUGGAGAAAUCUAUGGUGAGCGUGGAUCUCUCAGUCAUGGUUCUAUUGUAGAUGGACGGUUUGAAGGGUUUGUCCAGACCCACCAGGGCACUUUCUACGUUGAACCAGCAGAGCGAUACAUUAAAAACAGAAAGCCACCUUUUCAUUCUGUGAUCUACCAUGAAGAUGAUAUUAAAUACCCUCACAAAUAUGGGCCAGAGGGAGGCUGUGCUGACCAUUCAGUGUUUGAAAGAAUGAAGAAGUACCAGAUGUCAGCUGUAGAAGAGCCAACGGCACAGAAACCUGUUGAUUUUGAACAUGAGCAUGAGCACGAACCAGUUAUUUUGAGAAAACGACGUGCAGCUCCAGAGGAGAAGAACACUUGUCAGCUUUUUAUUCAAACAGAUCACCUGUUCUUUAAAUACUAUGGUUCAAGAGAAGCGGUCAUAGCGCAGAUUUCAAGUCAUGUCAAAGCAAUUGAUACAAUUUAUCAGACAACAGAUUUUCAUGGAAUUAGAAAUAUCAGUUUUAUGGUCAAGAGAGUGCGUAUCAACACCACGAGUGAUGAAAAAGAUAGAAGCAACCCAUUUAGGUUUUCCAACAUUGGUGUGGAGAAAUUCCUUGAACUCAAUUCUGAGCAGAAUCAUGACAAUUAUUGCUUAGCCUACGUGUUUACAGAUCGUGAUUUUGAUGACGGGGUUCUGGGACUGGCUUGGGUUGGAGCACCAGCAGGGAGCUCCGGGGGGAUAUGUGAAAAAAGUAAACUUUAUUCUGAUGGCAAGAAGAAAUCACUCAAUACUGGAAUCAUCACUGUUCAAAACUAUGGCUCUCAUGUUCCUCCUAAAGUCUCUCACAUCACAUUUGCUCAUGAAGUAGGGCACAACUUUGGUUCUCCACAUGAUUCUGGCUCUGAAUGUACCCCAGGAGAAUCCAAGUCUGGAGACCUGAAAGAAAAAGGCAAUUAUAUUAUGUAUGCACGCGCUACAUCUGGUGAUAAACAGAACAACAAUAAAUUCUCUACCUGUAGCAUUAAAAACAUCAGUCAGGUCCUUGACAAGAAAAGAAACCACUGUUUUGUUGAAUCUGGUAAACCCAUUUGUGGCAAUGGUUUAGUUGAAGAGGGGGAAGAAUGUGAUUGUGGUUACAGUGACCAAUGCAGAGAUGAAUGCUGCUAUAACGCAAAUGAGGCCGAAGAGAAGAAAUGCAAGCUUAAACCAAACAAACAGUGCAGCCCAAGUCAAGGACCAUGCUGUACCAGACAAUGUACUUUUAAGCCCGCCAAUGAAAAAUGCCGUAAUGACUCCGAUUGUGCAAAGGAAGGGAAAUGUAGUGGUGGAACAGCUAUAUGCCCAACAUCUGAUCCCAAGGACAAUUUUACCCUCUGUAAUAGAGGAACCCAAGUGUGUAUCAAAGGACAAUGUUCUGGUUCGAUCUGUGAGAAGUACAAGCUUAUGGAGUGUACAUGUUCAAGUCUGACAAAUGAAACCGAAUUGUGCCAUGUUUGCUGUAUGGAGAAACAUAAGCCAUUAACGUGUGCAAGUACUGGGUCAGAGAAGUGGCAUAGACACUUCAACUCUACUACCAUCACACUACAGCCUGGAUCACCCUGCAAUGAUUUCAAAGGCUACUGUGAUGUCUUUAAUAGAUGUAGGCUUGUUGAUGCAGAUGGUCCGUUGGCCAGGUUAAAGAAAGCCAUCUUUAAUCCAGAGCUUUAUGAAAAUAUUGCUGAAUGGAUUGUGGCUCAUUGGUGGGCUGUAUUGCUGAUGGGAAUCGCACUCAUCAUGUUGAUGGCUGGAUUUAUUAAAAUCUGCAGUGUGCAUACUCCAAGCAGUAACCCUAAACUGCCACCUCCCAAACCACUUCCAGGCACAUUAAAACGAAGACGACAGCAACAGCAGCAACAGGCAAUGCAGCCAUCACGCCAGAGACCCAGAGAGAACUAUCAGAUGGGACACUUGAGACACUAAACUGAAGCAUUUGCCUUGGAUCUUCCUAGUGCCUACAGCAGGAAAUUUCGUUCCAAAGAAAACCUGUUCCUGUCAUUUUGUCUCAAAUCUGAUAGAAAGCUUUUAGAUUCUAAUAUUAGAAGGAAUUGGAAUACUUGUGAUGGAUGCAGUCUCCAGUUCAAAAUGGAGAUUAAAAUGUCCUCAGUGCCCCUUUAAAUUCAGUCUUAAUGAUCCAAUCAUGUUUGGAAAGAUUUUUUUGAUGAGGCACCAUAAAGUCAUAUGAGAUUAUUCUUACUCUUGGCCAUUGUGAUCUUUUUGCCUUGCACAAAUAUGCGACUGUAAGUAAUGCUAUUACUGCUGCCAAUUUCAAGCUUUUAUGUAUGAUAACACAAUGUAGAAACUUAUUUGGCUUAUGAAAUUUUUUUUUCCCGAACAUCAGCCUGUACUUUGAACUCAUAUUCAUACAUCUUUCUAAAGUUGUAUGCAAGGAACCUGAUAAUGGAUUUAGCUGUAAUACAUGCAUUUCUGCUGUUUAAGAAAAAAAAAUUGCUAUUUAAUUGCCAUACUCAGGAUAAUGCAAGUCGCAAAUAAUCUAAGACCUCUCUAUUUAUAGCAGCAGUUAAAUGGUAAAAUCAUGAAAUUCGGCUUUAAAUUUAAAAUCUUUAUUGCCACCAUUUUUUUCAGCUGAUACCGGCAAUGAAUAACUGCUGAGGUGUACAGCUCUAAACUGAAUGCUCUGGAUUGGGGAUGUGAUAGUUGUAAUUCAUUAAGUUUAAUAAAUUAUGAUCGUUUAAGAUUUAGUGUAAAAUUGGCACUAUUUGAUUUCAUUAUUAGGAAACUUAGCUAGUGUGUUCUGAAUUUUGCUGGAAAUUGGUGCAGAUAUGCCUGAAUAACAUUUUCAGUUUUUGCUUUAUGACGUGUGAAAGAAUUGUGACAAAUCGUUUUUAUAUUUUGGGAUUUAGGUUUGAGAUUUGGGAUUAUAUUUUUUUUAAAUACAUCUGUGAAUUCUGAUAAUUAUAAGGGCAACCACUGAAUAGCAGGUGCUCCACUUUUACAGAGAGUUAAGCUCUUUAGGGGGAGUUUAGAUAUUUCUAUUAAUAAUAAUUGAAACUGCUGAACAGCAACUUAUAAAUUCAACAAAAGCAAAGUGUUUACUUAGAGAUAUUAAAUAAAAAAUUGGAUGUCUGGCAGACAUGCCAAAAUGAUAAAAUAGCAUGAUCUAUUUUCCUCUUUUAAAUAGUUAACUUGUACAGUAAUCAAGGACAUUUUUCAAAAUACAACUUUUUGUACAUGAUUUAGAAGACAAUUUUGUAUUGGAAACCCAACAAUUGAUAUCUGAUUCUACAGAAUCCUGAAUAAUCUGAACAAUUGGAAAUAGUUUUUUUUUACUUUUUGAAUCAUUUUCUUUUAUUUUACCUGGUACGGCUCAAAGUGGGUUUGUAUAUCAAACAAUGAACGUACUUUUGAUAAAGUGUAUUUAAGAAAAAUCUAGAGUAUUAAACAUUUCAUAAGGUCACAUUUUGCUUGUAUUAUCCUGUGGUAGGACAUGGGCAGGACUCGGCUGCCUAGUUCUUUUUAUUUCAGUCUUUAAUCCUCCGUCAGUAGAUAUGCACUGAACCAUACAUUUCAAGAUUAGUUCUGAUAGAUAUGAAGAAACCUCUAAAAGAAGACAAAACAAUACUACUGUCACAUUUUAAUGCCCACUGUGUUUUAUACAGUAAAUUUUGUUCACUGGGAAAUUUUUACUAAAAGUUGCAAGAAGUAUUGUGCAAAGAUAAUGUAAGUUUUUUUUUGAAGUACUUGAAAUGCAUUAAUAAAGAAUAGACUUGAUCGACCAAA